UCAGAUGCCUUGCGGUUAAAGCAGGACAAGAACUCGAGGAAGCAAGACUCUCAUAGUAGGCAAGUGAAAAUCUCUGAAGGAUUAAGCUGCAGACAGAAGGCGCCAACUCCUGCCUGAAGCUAUAUUGGAAACAAUCCUAUCUGAAGCCGCUGGCCAUGGGCGACGUUGAGAAAGGAAAGAAGGUGUUUGUGCAGAAGUGUUCCCAGUGUCACACAGUGGAAAAGGGGGGCCGCCACAUGGUGGGACCUAAUCUCGCGGGGAUGUUUGGACGGAAGACGGGCCAGGCGCCUGGGUUCUCCUACACUCAGGCCAACAUCGACAAAGGCGUCAUCUGGAAUGAGGAAACCCUGAACGUCUACCUUGAAAACCCAAAGAAGUACAUCCCAGGUACCAAGAUGAUCUUCGCCGGCAUCAGAAAGAAAAAAGAGAGAGAAGACCUCAUUGCCUACCUGAAGCACGCGACCUCCCAAUGAGCCCAGACUGGACAUGUGCAGAGUUCACAUUUGAUGAAAUAAAUGUGGCUCUUUGAAUGAUAA